GUGAGAGUAAAACAAAGAGAACCGUAGAGAAGAUUAACGGGUGCGAGGAAGAGGAAUGUAGCCAUAGCGGUGAGACCAGUUAUAUAUUUUUAUUGUCGACUGGCAUAUUUCGCGAGGCUGACCGCAACGAAUGUUUGACACCGAGCAGGGAAUAGAGACGAGAUGCCUGAAAAUGUCGGGUAAAAGUGAAACUCGGUGAUCUAAGCUGAACCGAUCGUCACGACUGUCUGUAAACGGUUGCGUCGGGUUCUGGUUAUUGGAAAGUGGGGAACCUCUGGGAAGCUCGAUCUCGCAGGUGAGCACGUACGGGUACGGAUACGAAGGGAAAAGGAGAACAUACCACACGUACCCACAAGAUACGUCUGCGAAGGAACGCGCGUAUGCUGCGAAAUUGUUUGGAAAAAAUCUGCGAAUGGAGCACGGAUUAAAGUAUAAGUAGUACAGUGGCAAUGCAAUCAUCCACGAUCAUAAGCUCUAUGCUUGACGGUAUGACAUCCACGACUACCGUCGGUGAGGUUACCUCGAAGGAACCAGUGCCAAUAUUCUUGCAAACAAGAGCUGCUCAAGGUAUCGCUGGGGUAUUUGUAUGGGCAGCGCUGUUCUUAACUUGUCAGCAGAUUUAUCAACAUCUAAGGUGGUAUACCAAUCCAACAGAACAAAGAUGGAUAGUGCGGAUUCUCUUCAUAGUCCCAAUUUAUGCGACAUACUCUUGGGUCUCUCUAUUAUUUUUUAACAGUGAAAGUUAUUAUGUUUAUUUCUUCACUGUACGAGACUGUUACGAAGCAUUUGUUAUAUACAACUUUUUGUCCCUAUGCUACGAGUACCUGGGUGGCGAAGGAAAUAUUAUGUCUGAAAUACGUGGUAAACCUAUUCGUUCCAAUUGCCUAUAUGGAACAUGCUGCCUAGUUGGGAAAACGUAUACUAUCGGUUUUCUUAGAUUUUGCAAGCAAGCUACCUUGCAAUUCUGCUUAGUAAAGCCAGUGAUGGCAUUUGUCAUUAUAUUCCUUCAAGCAUUUGGACAUUACAGAGAUGGAGAUUGGUCCCCUGAUGGGGGCUAUAUUUACAUAACUAUAAUUUAUAAUAUCAGCGUAUCUCUUGCCCUUUACGGACUUUUCCUCUUUUACUUUGCUACAAGAGACCUGCUAACACCAUUCGAACCUGUCUUAAAGUUUUGUACUGUUAAAAGUGUCAUCUUUCUCUCAUUUUGGCAAGGAGUUUUACUGGCCAUUCUUGAAAAAGCAAAUGUAAUUUCACCUAUAAGCUUAGGCCAGUCGACCAGCGCAGGCACAGUUUCUGCUGGUUAUCAAAAUUUUUUGAUCUGCAUCGAAAUGUUAUUUGCUGCUAUAGCUCUACGUUACGCGUUUCCCUACCAAGUAUAUUCGGCUGGUUGCGUUACGGAUUCAAGAGGAAGGAGCGUAACGAUGCAAAGCAUCAGUAGUAGUUUAAAGGAAACCAUGAAUCCAAAAGAUAUAAUGACUGAUGCCAUCCACAAUUUUCAUCCACAAUAUCAACAAUAUACUCAAUAUAGUUCUGGAGCUCCAAAGGGACAACGUGGUAUGCGGAUAUCCAGCUUUGAUCCAGACGAUCCACAGAAUAUGCCGGUACCGCCGCCGCAAAGACGACACACUUCUCAUCAACGUGUUGCGACAAUUUCUCAAAAUUAUAACGAGAAAACAAUGCUGUUGAGCAGUGACGAUGAGUUCCAAUAAACGCAAGCAAUGGGGUUACACGUGCAAAAAGAAAAGAAAUGAAAAAGAACACUACUUUAACGUUGAACUUCCGUGAAAUUAUAAAUAUCUGGUCUCAAGGAAACGCUACAUAUACCGUUAAAUUGAUUGUACAUCAUUAGGUAGGAACUUGACUCGCUCACAAAACAAACGGCAGAUAGACAAAAGAAACGAUGUGAUGUAAAAUAAUACGUCACGUAACUGUAAUAGUUCCAUAAUGUUACAUCCAUGUUAAUACAUGUAUUAUGUUACAUCAUGUAAACAUAGCAUAGAAGAUAUUUAUUUUAAUAUGCUGAACAUGUUUAAGGCAGUGUUACCUAUAGAGGUGGUUCUACUACAAUAAUGUAAUUAUCGUUUUAGUUUUUACGGGACGAUAUAAGUUUCUUAAAGGGAGGCAUUGUACAGUACUUAAUAUCUGAAUACUCACAAAUACGUUGCCGUAUUAUUUACUUGUAGCUGAUUGAUAUUUUUACACUUUGAACUAACAUUUUGCGUAUACGUUUUUACACCGACGUUUCUAAUUCGAACAAAGUUAAUGUAAUUUUGCCAAUGGAAAUCGCUUACUUUAUGAAAUACACCGAGAAAAGGUAAUUCUAAUUCUUGCACGUGUCCGGGAAAUAUAUAUAUAACUGAGCCACAAAAAUCUUUGCGUCCUAGAUUAAAGAACUAAUAAGUGUAUAUAUCGUUAAAAUAGAAUGUAUUUAAUAAUGCAAAAAAUUAAAAAACUUUCCUUCGA